AAAAAUAGUUUAAAUAAGGAUCACAUUUCUUGUGUAUCCUAAAAGUUGGGAUCACAAAAUUUUUCUUAAAUUAAUGUUACAAAUUCUAUCCAUCUAUUAUGCAACUUCAAUACUUUGCUUCUUUUGGCACGUGCAGAACGUGUGAAUCGCACGCUCCGAAGAUAAGGUCACAAAGCACUUCAUCCGUGUCAACCAUAUGCUUAGACACGCUUGGCUUCCUUCACACGCGUGAGAAACCUAGCGUUCGCAUGCUCGCCGUCUACCACCAUCGAUCUCUCCCUCCUCCGUCGGAUAUUCGCCGGAAAACCUUCCGGAACACAUAAAUCUCCUCUCAUAUCCUUCAGGUUCUUUCUGUAGGAAAUAACCUUCCCUCACUCUGCUCCGGCCAAUUCGCCGGAAUAUUUAUUCUUGUAUGGAUAUGGAUCUGGUUUCUCUAGGCGAUACUCGUCAUCUUCGGUGCAUGUGUCACAACAACUAGAUGCGAAACGAGACCGCUGGAACUGAAGAACCAAGCUUCAGUAAUCAUAUAAAAAAUGUCUUCUGGAAUUCUUUAGUCCAAUUAUCAUGCUGAAGCAUGACACAGUGUAAGCAAUGUCAUCUAUAUCUGAAGUUUGAAAUGUAGUAAAACUCGAGUAAAAGAAGUGGAAAAAGAAAGCUGGAAUGGCAUCAGAGAUGCAGAGAUAUGAUACAAACGAAGAUGACGAAGAGAUGGGAAUGGAUGUGAAAGAAGAAGAUGAUGAGGAUGAUGAUGAUGAAGAGAAGAAUGCUGCCAGGCAUGCAAUAGCAGGUUUUGACGGGGUACAUGGAUCUAGCAGCAGUAAUAGGUUUCAACACCAUCAGCAAUAUCAGGAGCAACCAACCCCAGGGGGAUCCCGUAGAUGUAGGCCAUUAGAAGAGAAGGAAAGAACAAAGCUUAGGGAGCGACAGCGGAGAGCUAUUACUGCAAAGAUCUUGGCUGGACUCCGAAGGCAUGGGAACUAUAACCUUAGAGUUAGGGCUGAUAUCAAUGAUGUAAUUGCUGCUUUGGCAAGGGAAGCAGGUUGGGUUGUUCUUCCAGAUGGAACCACCUUUCCCUCAAGAUCACAACCACAGGGCACAGGUACUGCUGGUGGAACACCCACCACAAUGGUGACUUCAUCAUCUUCACAUAUACCUACACAACAUACUCCACCUGUUUCGUUGAAAGUUGUGCCUUCUGGUUUUCAGAACACAGACGAUCAGAGUGCCUGUCAAAUGAAAAGUGUUUUUGUACCUACUUCAUCCCAUUAUGGUUCAUCAUCCACUGCUCGAUCACAAACUUCAGCCAUGGUGGGAGAUGGACGAGACACACAAAAUGACCCAUUUCUUGUAGGAUCUGUGGAUUCAAUCGACAAGCAGGUUGUUGACAUGCAUACAAAAUUCCAGGAGCAUGAUUUUGCUGGGACACCCUACAUUCCUGUUUAUGUUAUGCUACCUUUGGGAGUUAUUAAUAUGAAGUCUGAGCUUGUUGAUGCGGAUGGUCUAGUGAAGCAAUUGAGAGUGCUAAAGUCAAUAAAUGUUGAUGGUGUGAUGGUGGAUUGCUGGUGGGGCAUCGUAGAGGCAAAUGCUCCACAAGAUUAUAAUUGGAAUGGAUAUAAAAGGCUUUUUCAAGUUGUGAGGGAGCAUAAACUCAAAAUUAAGGUUGUGAUGUCUUUCCAUGAAUGUGGAGGUAACAUUGGUGAUGAUGUUUGCAUUCCACUGCCUCACUGGGUAUCUGAAAUCGGUCGAAGCAAUCCUGAUAUAUAUUUUACAGACAGAGCAGGACGACGAAACCCUGAAUGUCUCUCAUGGGGAAUUGACAAAGAACGAGUUUUGAGAGGCCGCACUGCUGUAGAGGUCUAUUUUGAUUAUAUGAGAAGCUUUCGAGCUGAAUUUGAUGAGUUCUUUGAGGAUGGUAUUAUUUCCAUGGUUGAAAUUGGACUAGGCCCAUGUGGGGAGCUAAGAUAUCCCUCUAAUCCUGUUAAGCAUGGCUGGAGGUAUCCCGGAGUUGGUGAAUUCCAGUGUUAUGACCAGUAUCUGCUGAAAAACCUGCGGAAAGCGGCUGAAGCAAGAGGACACUCAUUCUGGGCACGAGGCCCCGAUAAUGCUGGUUCUUACAAUUCACAGCCACAAGAGACUGGAUUUUUUUGUGACGGGGGUGAUUAUGAUGGGUAUUAUGGUAGGUUUUUCCUGAACUGGUACUCUCAAGUUCUGGUUGACCAUGCAGAUCGCAUGCUUUCUUUGGCCAAGUUAGCUUUUGAUGGGACAUGCAUUGCCGCAAAGCUAUCAGGAAUUCAUUGGUGGUAUAAGAUAGCUAGCCAUGCUGCUGAAUUAACCGCUGGUUUUUAUAACCCGAGCAAUCGAGAUGGUUAUGUUGUGAUUGCUGCAAUGCUGAAGAAGCAUGGAGCUGCAUUGAACUUCAAGUGUGCUGAAAUGAGGAUGUUAGAGGAGGCAGUGGACUUCUGUGAGGCUCUAGGUGAUCCUGGAGGAUUAACCUGGCAAGUGCUGAAUGCUGCUUGGGAUGUUUCUCUGCCAGUUUGCAAUGAAAAUGCAUUUCUGUGUCAUGAUAGAGGAGGCUACAAUUGUUUACUGGAAAAAGCGAAACCCCUGAAUAAUCCGGAUGGGAAACAUAUUUUUUCUUUUACCUACCUUAGGCUCAGUCCUCUUCUCAUGGACGGACAGAACUACAUGGAAUUUGAACGAUUUGUUAAGCGAAUGCAUGGGGAAGCAGUCCUUGAGUUCCAAUUGUAGUUUGGGAGAGCGAGCAAUCUUCAAAAUGUGCAUAAGUUUCAUCUUCCUUUGGGAAAGCAGGAUUAUAUUUAUUUUUAUAGUAUAAUGCAAGUCUAGUUCAGGAGAUCAGGCAAUCUUCAGCUUGUGCACAUGUGGGGUUAUAUUUCUUUAGUACAGUGUAAGGAUACACUUCCGAAGGAAAUAUGAUGAAGGCAUGAAGCCGCAGUGCUAUCUGUGUAUCCUCUGGUCAGUGUUGUAUUGCAACGUGACCUAAGAUGUAUGAUUCGUGUUGAAGAUGAUCACAAACCGUCUUAAAGGAUUUCAAUUGUAGAAAGCAAAACUAGCUAAAGUUGCUGAAAGGAUGGAUUACUAGAAUGAAGAAACUGGAUGUUAAAACAGUGAUGUACUUGUCGUAUAGAUUAUUCAAUCUGAUUGCAAGGUGUAGGAAUUAUGUUACAUGUGCCUUUACAAAGCAUUAUAAGCAUA